AAGAAUUCCUGACAGACGAGCUUCGAAAAACAUCUAUGCCAAAGUUCUUCGCAGUCUGAUUCAAAAAGAAAAAGAGAUUCAUAAGUGAAGAUAAAUUAGAAUCAGUUUACUAAAACUAUAAUCCGGCAAUGGAAUGUAAGACAGUUUCGAUGACGCUUGAUGUUUAUGGCGGCCGAAAACACAGCGAUUAUCGAAGCAAAGUUGUUAGUAAAAAAAUAGAGGAUCGCAAACAAGAAGUCAGUAACCUUAGGACUGAAGAAUUACUAGAUCUGACGAAUGGAAUAGAUGAACCUAAGGGGGGAAAGGAGACGCUGAGCAAAACUCUUGAUGAAGACUCUAGGCUAGAUUCUUUGGAAAAAGCAGUUGAACAAAACAAAAUAGACCAGGAGAAAGAAAUGAAGGAAUUUAAUGAAUGGCUUGACAACGGCAUCCUCGAAGUAAUGGGCGAGUUUGAGAAAUACUUCGACGAAGCCGAUUAUAGCUUUAAGAAAGAAAACGCCACAGAAAUGGACGAAGUUAAUAAGCGACUCAACCAAGACAAACCAACGCUGAAAAAUAAUGUUGAAAUAAAUUAUUGCCAGUCUUAUAUUGGGCGAGUAUGUUGGAUUCUACAGGCCAUCAUGUACCACAUCGUGCUGCCCGACCAGUUCUCUGAAGAUUGGCUUUACAAAGUAAAGGAUAUUGAAAAAGAUAUUAACGAUGAAGACUUGCUCGAUGACCAAGAAAGACAAGAAGCUUUGGAAAGGUGGGUGGAUUUGAAGGAAAAGCUUUGUUGGGAACCUUCUAUUGAGAAAACGUUGAAAAUGUUACAGAAAGAGGGAAACUAUAUGGCCAAUCCAGAAGGCCUGACGGUUGAAGAAGCAGAGAGAGUUGCCGAAGAGCUGAACAAACAAGGUAGAUUAAGAGGAAGAACUUCAUACGAAAAAGUUAAAAAAAUUAUCAAGAUGUGGAAGAUAUCCACCACUUUGCUUCAGUCGUUGCCGUGAAGUGUUCAGUAAUGCUGAUGUGGUUCUUAACUUAUGAUGCCGUAUAUAAAAAGUUCGCUUUUGGCAGUAUUUCUUAAUAUGAAUUCAGUGUUUUUAAACAGUAAUUUGGUUUCUUUCCUCUUCUUUUUAAGUCAACUAUGCGUUGCAAUAUUGCGAGUUUUUAUUGCAUUUUUUUGCAACUUUGACAAAUUGGAUCAAAUUAAAGCAGGUGUUUUCCAAUUUGUUAUUCCAUUUACCUCGGUCAAGUGUUCCUGAAAUGAAAGUGGUGAGUAUGCUAGCUUAAUUCCUUGACAGGACUAAUCAAUUAUAAACAGAUGGGCUCUAAAUCGAGUAGAAAGGUUAAUUUGAACGACUACUCUCGUAAGCGACCAUCUCCCGUAAGCGACCACCUUUUAAAUUCCCCUUUUUGUUUACCAUAUAAACUGUGUAAAAAAACUCUCUCGUAAGCGACCGCGACCACCUUUGGGGUUAAAAUUUUGGAAUUUUUCUUUUAAAAAUCCUACUGAAUAUGCAUCAAUUCUGAGACGUCAUAAUUAAGUCUUUCUAAAUGUUUCUAAAGCUAAGGCAUCGAUGUUUUACUAUCUCCAUAAAAGAUAUAUUCGCAGGGGAUCUCCAACCCAUAUUCCGCACCUCUAUUGAGUCUUUUCCCGGUUAUAACUGCACAUAAUACAUUACUGUAUGCAUGCGUGUUAAAAGAUUUCUAUUGUUAUCGUUGUUAGAGAUCACUAGAAAUACAGUAAUUUACCUCAUAUUGACAAUUACAUAACUGUAAAAAUAUACAUAGCACAUUCAAAGUUUUGAUUAAAACAGUUUAAUCGUUAAUACAGUAGUUUUAACACGUGAGUUACAAAUUAUAAAUGGUUUAGGCUUCCUGUGUUGGGAUUCCCAUUGUUUGGACUUCCUGUGUUAACUCUCUCUUAAGCGACCAUCUCCCGUAAGCGACCACUUUCUCCUGGCCCCGAGGGUGGUCGCUUACGGGAGAGUCAACUCUAUAUUGUCAAUAAUUAGUAAAUUUUAAAAGAUUUGCAUAUAUUUUUAUAUUUGUCGCUGGGGGGAUAUAACAUGUAUACCAAAAAAAGUUCAAAAUAUAGCAACUCUGAGUUUCUGAAUUUCUUGUUCGGGCUGCGGAACUGGAAGUGGAAGGAGGGGAUUACUGCGUUAUAAGGUAUGGGUGUGUCUAGGUAAGAGUACUCGGAUUGCUAGGGAUUUGGGUUGAUGAGUAGAAGUAAGGAUACUGACGUGGGGAGGCGUGGGUUGAUUAAUUUAUGAAAACGUAACAAUACUCAUUGCAAUUAUCAAACAUGAUUGUUUUCAAUUUGCAAAGUAAAUGAUGCUAUAUUGCAUGUAAUAAUUUUGUCUUGUAUUGCGCCUAUUUAAAGAAGCUCCAGUUUCGUGCAAAACUAUUUUGCAUCAGCUCGAUCGUCUUUUCCUUGAAUGUCGUCACAGGUACUACUCGAACAACUUAUUGGUAAGGUUGUCGAUGAGGGCCGGUUUAGUGAACUUUUUUUGGCAUUUUUCCUUCCAUUUCUCCUUUUAAUUUUACUUUUUCAGGUUUUUCUUUUUUUGU